AGAUGGAAUGGAUAUGUGAUGUUGGUUAGGAGGAGAUGUGAUGGUUGUUUCCUUUUGGCGUUCCGUUUCUCGUCCGUCGUCGGACUCGGGCGGAUUUGGUUAGAGUCGAUUUGAGAUUCUAUCGUCAUCGUCAGUCGCGUUCGAACAUUUGCCUGCCACGGUCGGUUCAGGAUCCUGAGUUUGUUUGGAACGGUUUUUGUUCUCAGUUUGAGGUGUGUUGAGUUAUAAGUUUGUUAGUUGGUUUUGAACAACGCUCGGAAUUGUUUCACACACAUAUUAUUUGGAUCUGGUCCCAUCGUCGCCAUCUUCAAGAACGAAACGACAAUCAAUUGCAGAUCAUCUUCAUCACGCAUUACGCUACACUACACGGAUAAUUUUACUCUGUGAAUGAUGAUAAUGGUGAUAUCCCUCGUCGUUCGUAGUAGGCUUUGACGGGGAUUGAAUUUGAUUAUCUGCAUCUGUUUUGAUCCAAGACUCCUGUGCUGGGUCGUCGUCACCUACCCUGAGGGAAUUGUGCAACGUUAUCGAUAUUGAUCCGCAAAAAACAAACUUCUUUCACUUUUCGAGGGGGUCAAUUUGCUUCUUUUUUUUGGUGUUUCGGAAACGAAAGGUGCAUUGCAGCAUUUCUGGGUGAAGAAGAAAGUGACGCAGAUUGCUUUGAUUUGAAUAAUUGCUGCGGGCGUCGCGCUGCAAGUAAAACAUCGCCUACUAAGAAAAAGGUAGUGUGCUUGCUAGGCGUAUUUGGUGGAUGGAAGUCGUUUUGCCACUACUAGUAGUGAAUGAAAGAGUUUCUCGGCGGGAGGAAUAGUUUGAAGAGAGGCCGAGGAAACGAUGAAGGAAGAAACAAAAUAGUGUUCAGCUGUGCCGUUUGGUAUGGUGUAACUUCGGAUGUUUUUCCUCCUCUCUUGGGUCGGAGGCGUGUAUUUUUGGUGCAGCAGCAGUAAGCACUUUCGUGCAGGAAUGUUCCGGUGGUUUUCGCAAUCUUCUGAUAUAAAUUUUCCCCGUUCGUGACAUAUUUCCACUACCGCAAAGAAAAACGGUGCAAAAAUUUGGUCCGAUGAGUGUGGUGUCAUUAGUUUAGUUUAUUCAUCCGGUCACGCAAAGGUUGUGAAACUCUUGAAGCAUACGCACCGAGAAGAAGAAGCAGAAGAAUCUAGUGAAAAACUUGUUUACGAUUGCAUGUUGUCGACGACCCACACGGAUCACGAAAAAAAUAACAAAAAUACAUAUCGAAGAGUUGGACAAAAACAUAAGCAUAACGACACUUAAAGCUUACACGUUCAAAACUGACGAAGUAUAACUAAAAAGGGAUAAGUAGACGAGGAGGGUACGAUUCAAAUUCAUAAAACAAACGACAUCGUAGACCGAUGGUUUCCGUGGCGACGUGAUUUGGGAAGCGGCCUUCUUUGAUCGAACUUCCACAAGCAAGACCGGAAACAAUGGAAUGGUGAAGGAAGUAAACUGGAAGUCAACAAUAACAACAACAAUGUACGGGAAGUUAUAAUAACCUGCCGAAAUCGGUGUUGUCAAGCCAUUCGGACGAUAUAAAUUAACCGGGAGUUGGGUGAAUCGAAAGGAGAAACCUUAACCGCAGCAGCGCAAACCGCAGAAUAUGCCACCUUGGUUGGAGGAAAAAAUGGACCAAUUGACGACCAUCGAAAAUCGGCCAAACGGCAGCGCCGCCGGCAAAAGCACCAAUAGUCUUAGAACCAGUAUUAGCAAAAGCAGCAGUCGCCUUCCUAGUGUUGUAAGCAGUAGUAGAUUAAGGUUAAGUUCGGUAAGCCUCAUGGAAUCGCUGGUAUCCAGCCGAGUGCGGUGGCUCAUUGCGUUGAUGACCUUGCUGUCAGUAUUAUCCUCUGCGGAGGGCGCCUGCUGGUGGAAUCCUUCGAGGGCUGAAUGUGUUCCGUGUACAGUUUGUGGAGAGCAGCAGCUGGUGUUGCGACCCUGUCAAGAGUACAUGGACACUGUCUGCGGGACGAUGAAGGAUCUCGACAUGGAUCUGGACAAGCUGACCCGGGAACACUCGAAGCCGGGACACAAGCAUCACCACCAUGAUGGUCAAGGCCAGCCGCACCCGCGGAAGGAAAACACCGAGGAGAUCAUGUGGGACUGGCAGGCGGCCUCGCUCCUGCUGGCCAUCAUCGGCUGUCUGUUGUUUUUCUUCGCGGCCGCCAUUAUUGCGCUCAAUCAGACGCGCCAAUGGAAGCGCAUCGAGAAGCACUUCGAUGCGGACAUGGAAGCUUUGUCGGCCCAGCUGAUGAACCAUUUGUCCAGCAUGCAGCAACUGGAGAACGGGUCCCUGUUCCUGGACGAUGUCAUCGGACAUCAUCCGGGAGGUCGUAGCGCGGGUGGUGGCGGAGGAGCCUAUACGAUGUCUCCAACAGCUGGCAUCAUCAACGAAGAUGAGUUUCAACACUCACCUCGUCAUCAUCACCAAAAUCACCAACAAUCCACGGCCUCUCGACAAUCGAGAAGGUUCCGGCGACCCAACAGUAGCAACGGAGAUUGUGCCGGAAUUCAUCAACACUGUCUGGCCAGUCAGCGGAAUCAUCCGAUUGAGGUGCGCUGCGUCUACUUGGAUCAGUUGCUAGACGAUAAAAACUGUAGCAAACCUCAAGGACCAGGCAAUCUGUAUAUCGAGGAGAACAUCACAGAACGAACUCAACAGAUGCAGCAACAGCAGCAGCCGACCAGUUUGAAUGGAACUGUUAGGUUGUACUAACUAGUUACACUCAAAUUUCUACAACGAAUCAGAACAAAUUAAAAAAGAAAAGAACAAAAAAAAAGCGAAAUCCCUCAGCAAACGUCAAUUACUGUUUAUUAGAGAGUAGAUUCUACGAAAAAACUUGUGUCGACUUUGUACAAAAAGCAAACCUAAAAACUCAUGUCGAAUUGUAUUAACUUUAAAUAUUGUAGGAGAAAAAAGCACACAUAAGCAAUCUGAACCUUUGUUUAACACCCACGCUUCGAAUUGUUUUUUUUUAUUAUCUAGUUUUAAUGAUAAGUUGAAAAGAAGAAACAUAUUGUCAAAAACAACAAGCGAGCAAUUAUUGUGUACAGUUUAGAGAAAACAAGUCCAUAAAAUAAAAAUCUACAGGAAUAGGACCUAAGUAGAAAUCGAUCCUUCCAGAGAUCAGUACUAUUAGUUUAAGGGCUGGAAAGAAGAAGGAAACAACUUUCCGAAUGUAUGUAUGUAUGUAUGUAUUUAGCUUGAAAAAACUAAGCGAGAAACGAGAAAAUAUUAUCAAACAACUACUUCUAAAAAAAUAAGUGCUUUUAGUUUAGAGCAGAAGCAAAAACCGGCAGCAGAAUUCCAGUGUAUAGAUUUUUAAUUAUUAAAGGCAUGCUGAUGAAUGAGUGAAUUGUUGUAAUAUGCUAGGUAAAUGCUUUGCACACUUUCUGUCAUUAGGCGGAAAGAUGUUUUAGUUGUGCGCUUGCGAAAUGCUAUAAUAUUAUCUGCGUAGAAUAAAGCGAAUCGUUUAUUUAAUCAAAUAA